AGAGGCAGGAGGGGGAGGGGCCUCGGCGAGCCCAGAAAAACGACAACGCGAGAAAAAUUAGUAUUUUUGCACUUCACAAAUUAAUGACCAUGAGCUCGUUUUUGAUAAACUCCAACUACAUCGAGCCCAAGUUCCCUCCCUUCGAGGAGUACGCGCAGCACAGCGGCCCGGGCAGCGGAGACGGCGGCCCGGGCGGGGGGCCCGGCUACCAGCAGCCCCCAGCGCCCGCGGCCCAGCACCUGCCACAGCAGCAGUCCCACCUUCCCCAUGCGGGCAGCGGGAGCGAGACCCCUGCCUCCUACUACGCGCCGCGGGCGGCCCGCGAGCCCUCCUACCCCGCGGCCGCGCUCUACCCUGUACACGGUGCUGCCGACACCGCCUAUCCCUAUGGCUACCGCUCCGGUGCUAGCCCUGGGCAGCAGCCGCAGUCCGAGCAGCCCACGGCGCACACCAAGGGUCCCGCGCACGGCCUGCAUGCGAGCCAUGUCCUGCCGCCCGGGCGGCAGCCCCCGCCGCAGCCUCCCCCGCAGCAUCGCGCGGCGCCCCCUGCACCCCCACGGCGCUGCGAGGCGGCCCCCGCCACCCCGGGCGUCCCGGCAGGGGGCAGCGCCCCCGCGUGCCCGCUGCUCCUGGCCGACAAGAGCCCGCCAGGCCUGAAGGGCAAGGAGCCCGUGGUGUACCCCUGGAUGAAGAAGAUCCAUGUCAGCGCCGUCAACCCCAGUUAUAACGGAGGGGAGCCCAAGCGUUCUCGAACCGCCUACACCCGGCAGCAAGUGUUGGAGCUGGAGAAGGAGUUCCACUUUAAUCGCUACCUGACCCGGCGGCGCCGCAUCGAGAUCGCCCACACGCUCUGCUUGUCCGAGCGCCAGGUCAAGAUCUGGUUUCAGAACCGGAGGAUGAAGUGGAAGAAAGAUCACAAACUGCCCAACACUAAGAUGCGAUCCUCCAGCUCGACCUCGGCCUCAACGGGCCCGCCAGGGAGAGCACAAACUCAGAGUCCACACCUGCAUCCCCACCCCCACCAGGGCGCCUCCACACCCAUUCCCUCUUCCAUAUAAUCUCCUAGAGAUCUAGACGAGUUUCUUUCCCUCCCCUCCUUUUAUUCUCUUCUACCCUUUUCCCCAUCCACCCUCCCCGUCUGAACCAUAAAAGACCCCAAAACGAAACCCACCUUGGUGAAAAGGAUAAUAAAAAAAAGAAGACAUUACCCUGGUAAGAGUGUAUGUUAGUUGCUAUCCAAGAGAGGACAAUGGCCACGAUGCUGGCUGGUGGAACAACCUACUGGCCUGAACAAGACUGCUAGGUUUGGGUACCCUGAGAAGGACCACUGCAUCAAAUACUUUUGAGAUGGCUAGUCAGCAAAGCAGCCGAUGCUGACUGAGGACAUGUACAUGAAUACUUGUUGCAAGCAGAAGAAAACAGAUCCUUUUCCCAACUUCCUUACAUCCUCCUCCCCCAUUAAGGAAGCUCUCAUACAAGCUUGUGUUGAACUGAAUAUAUGAUGAGUAGACAUUGUGGACCUCACAAGAUUAUUUAAUUCUCAAAAUGUGGCAGUUGAUGUGACACAUGUUAGUUUCCCUUCCUUGCAUUUAUUUAAAAUACUGUUAUAGAGAUACUGGUGUCUUAUUCUAAGACACAAUCUUGAGGGAGAGGAGAGUGCAUUUAGACCCAUGUACAUUGUACAAAUUGUGGUGUGGCUAUAUAAAAAGCCAUGUGCUAAGAAUAAACUCCGUUUAAAAAAACAUUAAAGUUCUAA